AUGAGCGUUGCAUCGUCUCCAGUCAUUGUCAUAGGUGGUGGAAUUGUCGGUGCCUCCAUUGCCUGGCACUUGGCCAGGGAGAAGAAGGAUGUCAUUCUCAUUGCAGAGACAAUUGGAGGCGUAGCAACACCUAACUCAUUUUGCUGGCUUAACGCAGCUGGCGCAACGCAGAAAUUCUACUACGACUUCCGACGUCGCUCCAUGGCACGAUGGGCUGAAAUGGGCAAAGAGCUCCCGGAUCUUCCGAUUCGUUGGGGUGGCGUCUUGGUCUGUGAUAGGACUCCUGAAGAGCGUCAAGAGUUCUAUGAAUGUCAGCGUCACUGGGGUACAAAUGUUACGCGGAUGGAAGAGACCGAGCUUGUUGUAUCCGAGCCUCAGAUCGACGAGGCGCAGUUCUCUUUGGUCAAAUGGGGCCUUUAUGUCCCUGAGGAGGGAACCAUCGAAGCAAACGUCGCCGCGGCGAAGCUGAUCGCUCACGCGCAAUCACUUGGAACCAAAGUGCUUGAGACGAGUGUUACUGGGUUUUUGAAGAACGAACAUGGUCGAGUCUCGGGUGUAGUAACGGGCUCUAAGGACGUGCGGGGCAGCCACGUUGUUCUCGCUGCUGGUCUUGGGAGUGUUCCAUUAUUGGCAACCGAGAAUAUCAGACUUCCUUUGAGUGGCCGAGAGGGUCUCCUUGCCAAUACAGCUCCGACUGAAAAGCAGCACCUCAAUACCUUGCUCCGCUUACCUGGCUUGCAUAUGCGCCAGACCCUCGAUGGACACAUUGUCUUCGGUGCGUCCUUCGCCGGUGGACAGCCCGGUGAUAAUCCGCAAGCAACAGCAGAAGAACUCUUCAGCCAAGUGCAAAAGGCGUUCAAGAAUGGAGAUCAACUCGAGUUUAGCCAUUACACUAUUGGUGUGCGACCUGAGCCGGAGGAUGGCUAUCCUAUUCUCGGUUCCACAGGCUUAGAAGGGCUUGACAUGGCUGUGAUGCACUCUGGUGUGACGAAUGCCGCACUGGUUGGUGAGCUCCUAGCCAAGAAGAUUGUCUUUGAUAUUGAUGAUCCAAUGCUCGGGGAUUAUCGGUUGGAUCGGUUUAAGGAGGAUGCAAAACUUUAA